GCUUGCUCUUCAGCCAUGGUGAAAUUAGCAUUUUGCUGUGUUUCCCUAAGGGACAGAAAUGGGGUGAUCUGAUGGCAAUAAUGAAACCAAACCCAACCACACCCACAGAACCAUUUAUUCUGAUCGAACCAGCCUCUUUUACAACUGUACCACAGUUGUGCUAGUGCCUGGAGUCAAGAAAUUAAUGAAAUAUCCAAAUUCACCAGCGCCUUGCAUUGCAGCUAGUGUUUGACAGUUGUGCUUUGACUGAGAAAAUAGGGCCCCAUUAAACAUCUAAUUUAAUAACACAGGCUCAACUACAUGAUCAAAAACAAAAUUAGACAGUCCUGGAAAUGAAGUAAAAGAUAAUCAUGAAAGAAAUGAAUGAAAGACAAAACAAAACCAUAGCUUGUCUCUCCCACAUUAAAACAACCUCAAUUUGGGGAAUUAGUUCUAGUUAUGGCUGAACAUGCCAAACUGUAUGUGAAUAAAAUACAAUCCUUGCUUUUAAUUGUUGGUUUUAAUAGUAAGAACAAAUUUUGUUUAAAUCCCAGCCAUGUGUUUGAAAGAAGGGGUCCCCCUUCUCUUCCUGGUCUAUGCAUAAUUAAUUAAUUAUUUAAUAAUUAGAAAAGAAUAAAAGAGAGACUUCUCUAUGCCCCUUUUUAUAUUUUAGUUUUCAGUCGUUUGAUAGGAUACCACUUCCUUCCUACGUUAUGAUUAAAAUAAUGCAGAGUUUGGUUUGAGAGAGUUAUGUUUGGUUAUGAAUUAAAUGUUUGUGUUUCUGUGUUGAGAGACAGUCAGGCAGUAAAUGCACAAUGUUACAAGGCCAGUAGUACCACUCUUUAUUCUGGUAUAGGCUGACCCAGAAUCUCCAACAUAGUGCCUGUAGAUUGAAUAUAGGAAUGUCAAGGAAUUGUAGGAUAUAAUGGGUGCCAGAGUGAGGUCUUCUCAGGGAGCUGUUAAAGUGACCUCUAACCCCAGUGCCUGUUCUUGAGUUAAUUCUGUGGCUCAUCUCAGGCCAAAGCAUGAACUGCACAGGGAUUCUGAAGUUUCCUAGAGCCCAGAACAGGCUGAAUGGUGUCUCCUUGGGCAGCGCCAUCAAAUGUAUCACUAUCUCAACAAAAUAAUCUCAAAGGUAUCAUUAACAGGAGUUCAUACAGACCUUUGGAAUACCUUGUUUCUCUACCUGGUCAUAUGUAACACCAGAAGAAUGGACACACAGCUGGUUAUAUGUGAACAGAUCACUUCCUUGUCUUUCUGCUUCUAAAGUGAAUCUACAAUUAACUGUAUUUUGGAUUGCAGUGCUGUGGGUAGUUUGUCACAGAAAACCAUAACUAAAGAAACCAAUUCACUGUCCUCUUUGGAAGAUGUGCGUUAUCAUUUUGCAUCUUUCCUUUUGGUGGUAGCUGUGCCAAGCAUUCAACAGCUUUGCAAGUUAACUCACUGUCCACUUUGAAAGAUGGCUGCUGCACUUCUGGAAUGGGAUUGGAGGGUUAAGCCCAGAGAAAAGAUCAUAGAAAAGGUAGAUGGGCUCUUUGCCCCAAUUCAGAGAACUUACAGAAUAAGAAAAGGAGUCAUUUGGGUCAGAAUUACCUCUGUAGAACUGUCAGAGUUCAGUCCAGCAGGACGUCUAAUUCUCAGCUCCAAAGUGCUGCAGUUGGAGAGUGUAGCACAGACAUCUUCCUCAGAACACCAUCAACCUUAAAAUCCUCAGGUUCACUCUUCAUCGCUAAACACUAUCAUUUGUAUCAUUUAACAUAUAUUUUUAUGUAUAUCUAAUAUAAUUAUAAUAUAUAAACCAUUCUUUGCAGACUGAACAGCUGUGACCUCACAGUGAAGUCCUGUGAUAUUGUGGCCUCAGCUCUCCAGUCAUCAAACUCACCCCUGACAGAUCUGGACCUCAGCUACAGUAACCUGGGAGAUUCAGGAGUGGAGCUGCUCUGUGCUGGACUGAUGAGUCCAAACUGUAAACUGCAGAGACUGGGACUGAACAGCUGCAACCUCACACGGAAGUCAUGUGAUAUUAUGGCCUCAGCUCUCCAGUCAUCAAACUCACCCCUGAGAGAUCUGGACCUCAGCUACAAUAACCUGGGAGAUUCAGGAGUGGAGCUGCUCUGUGCUGGACUGAUGAGUCCAAACUGUAAACUACAGAGACUGGGGCUGGGUUGGUGUAAUCUCACAGAGGGCUGCUGUGAUGUUCUGGCCUCAGUCCUGCAUUCUCCUCACUCAGAGCUGAGAGAUCUGGAGCUCAGAGACAAUGAGCUGCAGGAUUCAGGAGUGAGAGCGCUCUCUGCUGGACUGGAGGACCCACACUGUAAACUGCAGAGACUGGGGCUGUCAGGCUGUAGAGUCACACAGAGAGGCUGUGAUUCUCUGGCUUCAGCUCUGUGUUCAAACCCCUCACACCUGAGAGAGCUGGACCUGAGAUACAAUCACCCUGGAGACUCAGGAGAGAGAGCCCUGUCUGCUGCUAAACUGGACACACUCACACUGCUAUAA